ACAUGUAACUUAGUUUCGGGAUUUUUGUAGGCCAUUGACCACAUCAUUAAUUCUGCUGCAAAGUCGAACUAUAUGUCUGCUGGUCAGAUAUCUGUGCCAAUUGUUUUCAGAGGACCAAAUGGUGCUGCUGCUGGAGUUGGUGCCCAACACUCUCAGUGUUAUGCACCUUGGUUUGGUUGUUGUCCUGGGUUAAAAGUGUUGGCUCCGUACUCAUCAGAAGAUGCCCGUGGCCUACUAAAAGCUGCUAUAAGGGACCCUGAUCCUGUUGUUUUCCUUGAAAACGAGUUGCUAUAUGGUGAGUCUUUCCCUGUUUCUGCAGAAGUUCUUGAUUCAAGUUUCUGCCUGCCAAUAGGGAAAGCAAAGAUUGAACGGGAAGGAAAGGAUGUGACUAUUACUGCUUUCUCGAAGAUGGUUGGUUAUGCUCUCCAGGCAGCAGAAAUACUUGCAAAGGAAGGAAUUAGUGCUGAGGUUAUAAAUCUACGCUCUAUUCGACCUCUGGAUAGACCAGCAAUCAAUGCCUCUGUCAGGAAAACCAAUAGACUGGUGACAGUUGAAGAAGGGUUCCCUCAGCAUGGUGUUGGUGCUGAGAUCUGUACUUCUGUUGUUACGGAGAACUUUGGCUAUCUUGAUGCUCCAGUGGAAAGGAUUGCUGGAGCUGAUGUUCCCAUGCCUUAUGCUGCAAAUCUUGAGAGAAUGGCCCUUCCGCAGGUUGAGGAUAUUGUUCGGGCAGCAAAAAGGGCAUGCUACAGAUCAGUUCCCAUUGCUGCAGCUGCUUAGACAUAGCAGGCAAUGUCAAUCUUUCUCCUACUUUAAUGUGCUCUUUUUGGCGAUUGUUAUCAUUACCAUGUUAUUUUGAAGUCCUAGCAUCAGUGGAGAGUUCACACAACUAGAAUAGCUUAGAUGUGGUGGUUGGUUGGUUAAGCUCAUCAAAUAAUGCUGGGACACAUUUAUUAAGGCGCCCUUCAAGGAUAUGGUUUGUAUAAAAAGUUCUAUCCCAGUUGAGGAUGGAGAUGGACUGUCCAUCCAGGUCCAAUGGCUAUUUCUUUUGUACGAUGCUUUGAAGUUUUCAACUUUUCAUAGAAUUUAUGUAUUGGGUAGAAUAUUUUUUUUUUUUUUGGCAUAGCGAGUGCCUAGUACUGUACUACUUAUGCUCUAUGAAAUUAAGCUUGCUUCCUAGAA